UUGUCCUUUUAUACCUUUAGUUAAAAUACCCUUUGAUGUAUUAUCUGAGACUAAAACACCAGAAAUGAUCCAGUAUCUUAAUAAAACAUAAACACAGCUGAUACUUUCUUAAUUAACAGUUUGUUCAUUAACUGUCUUUAUUUUAAGUGUUUCUGUGGACAUUAAUCCUGUUAAAACUACUUUUACUGAGCCACAAAUAUAGAAGGUGACACCGGAUGUGUAAAUUAAUAAGAAAAUAAAAGCCUAUCACAAAAAAAUGAUCAAAUAUUAAUGUAUUAUUUAAUGGGCCUUUAAUGUCUCUGAUGAUAUUCUCCUAAAGAAAACAUCACUCAGGAGCAGAUUAAUAGAUUAAUAAUAUUAAAUAGAGACGUGGACUUUACCAGAAAUAGACACGCUGCGCUUUAUUGUGAAAGUCUGGGCCGGAAGUCGUGCCGGUGGUGAGUCCCGGUAGCUUCCCGCUGGUCUAAAUACCGAGCCGACGCUCCGGGAUGAUUACCGGGAGACUCGCUCCACCAGCCGGACUACACAGACCAGGAUCCGGAUCAUGACGGCGGCCAAAGACCCGAACAAGAAGCCCAAAGAGGGCCAGCAGGACGAGGAGUUUGUGGACGUCAGCCCUCCUCAGAGGAACUGGAAGGGCAUCGCCAUCUCUCUGCUGGUGAUCGUGGCGGUGUGUUCUCUCAUCACCAUGUCGGUGGUGGUCCUGACGCCCGCCGAGCUCCCCGGCAGCAGCAAGUCCAGACUGACCGUCUCAGACCUGUACCGACCCGAGUUCAGAGUCCACGACCCCGAGGCGACCUGGGUCAGCGACUGGGAGGUGGUGUACAGGAACCGUGACGGACACGUCAUCAAGUUUAACUUCAACACCAACGAGACAGAAGUCAUCGUCACCAACAACACCUUUGCGGCCUUCAAGGUGGAGAAGUUUUCUCUGUCUGCAGAUCUGAAGUACGCUCUGUUCGCCUACGACCUCAAACAGCUCUACAGAUAUUCCUACACGGCGUCUUACAUCGUUUACAACAUCUACACCAGGGAGGUGUGGGAGCUGAACCCUCCGGAGGUUCAGGACGCCGUCCUGCAGCACGCCGCCUGGGGCCGCCAGGGACAGCAGCUGAUCUACGUGUUUGAGAACAACAUCUACUACCAGUCUGACGUGAAGAGCAACUCUCUGAGGAUCACGUCUUCAGGGCUGGAGGGCGUCGUCUUCAACGGGCUGGCCGACUGGCUCUACGAAGAGGAGGUCCUGGGGUCCCACCUGGCUCUCUGGUGGUCCCCUGACGGAGAGCGUCUGGCCUUCCUGACCAUCAACGACUCUCUGGUCCCCAACAUGGUCCUUCCCCAGUUCACGGGCAGCUCGUACCCCCGAGGCCUCCAGUACCCCUACCCCACGGCCGGACAGACGAACCCCAGCGUCAAACUGUCAGUGGUCAACCUGGUCGGAGCCCCACACACUCAGGAGAUACGGUCCCCAGACCAGCUGAGACACAGUGAUUUCUACGUGUCGAUGGUCCGAUGGGUCGGCGUCUCUCACCUCGCCGUCCGCUGGAUCAACCGUUCCCAGAAUGCAUCACUGCUGACGCUGUGUGACGCCGCCGUCGGAGUCUGUCAGCAGAGACUGGAGGAUUCUUCAGAGACGUGGCUCUCGCUGCAGAGAAACGAACCUCUGUUCUCUGCCGACCGGAGCCGCUUCUUCCUCACGCUGCCGGUGAGACAGGGAGGACACGGAGACUACAACCACAUCACCAUGGUUACCAGGAAGCUCCGCAGUGAUCAGGACGAGGUCCGGUACCUGACGUCUGGCGGCUGGGAGGUGACCCGGAUCCUUUCCUACGAUGAAAACAACCAGAUGGUAUACUUCCUGAGCACAGAGGAGUCAGCUGAGCAGAGACACCUGUACAGCGUGUCGACCCUGGGCCUGUUUCCUCGCCGCUGCCUGACUUGCGGCCUGAAGGACGAGUGUUUGUUCUGGGACGCCGCCGUCAGUCCGGACGCUCAGCACGCCGUCCUGCACUGCAAAGGUCCUGGAGUUCCCGCCGUGCUGCUGCUGAGCUUCGAUGACGUCGACUCAUAUUUCGUCCUGGAGAACAACGUUCCUCUGAGAGCAGCGCUGCAGGACCGGAGGACGCCACAGACAGAAACCAGGACCAUCAGCAGCCAUAACUACGAUCUCCGUCUGAAGCUGUCUUACCCUCCAGACUUCUCAGAGUCUCUGCUGUACGGCGUUCUGCUGAUUGUCGGCAGCUCUCCUGGUCAGCAGCAGGUGACGGAUGAGUUCAGACUGGACUGGGACUCGGUGCUCGUCGAGUCGGACCAGGUCAUCGUCGCCCGGCUGGACGGCCGCGGGUCGGCCUGCAGGGGUCAAAGGAUGUCCCAGCAGCUCCAUCACAGACUGGGCUCCGUGGAUACUGAGGACCAGACGGCUGGUCUGGAAUUUCUGACCAAGCUGCCGUUCAUCGACCCAACUCGUGUCGGAGUCUUCGGAGAGGACUACGGAGGUUAUCUGACUCUGAUGAUGCUGAAGUCGACGGAGAAGCUGAUCAGAUGUGCUGCAGCUCAGAGUCCCGUCACCGACUGGACCAUGUACGCGUCGGCGUUCUCAGAGAGAUACUUCGGCUCGCCUUCAGAUGACGAGAACAGGUACCAGGCGUCCAGAGUCCUGACCAACAUGAAGAGUCUUCAGGGAGGAAGUCUGUUUCUGUCUCACGGCACGGCGGACGCUAACGUUCACUUUCAGCACUCAGCAGAACUCAUCAAACACUUGAUCAAGAUCGGAGCCAACUACACCAUGCAGAUCUACCCAGACGAGGGACACUUCCUGUCCCGACGCAGCCGCCUCCAGCUGACUCAGUCUCUGGUCGGAUACUUCAGAGGAUGUCUGCUCGACUCGGCGUCGCUGCUGGAGACGCAGCGGCGGGACGACGACUGAGACGCUCUCAGUGUGUGUUUUCUACCUGUAACUCACGUCUGACGGACACAACGAGCUUCUCAACACAUCAACACAUCAACACAUCAACACAACAACACAUCAACACAACAACACAUCAACACAUCAACACAACAACAGAUCAACACAUCAACACAACAACACAACAACACAUCAACACAACAACACAUCAACACAUCAACACAACAACAGAUCAACACAUCAACACAUCAACACAUCAACACAACAACACAUCAACACAACAACACAUCAACACAUCAACACAACAACAGAUCAACACAUCAACACAUCAACACAUCAACACAACAACAGAUCAACACAUCAACACAACAACAGAUCAACACAUCAACUUCUGUUUCAACGAAGCUCCCAAACAUUUAUCAUUCUACUAAAUGUGGAGAUAAAACAACAAAUCACAUCUCAGUCAGUCUGGAAACAAGUUCACUGUAUUUCUGUUAGCAUUGAUAUUAAUAAUUAUUUAUAUUAAUAAUAAUUAAUAAUCUAACAAUAUUCCUUCUGUCAGCAUAAAAUGAAACAUUGAAUAUUCAUGGAUAAAGUCACAAAACUGAAACAUUCCUUUUACCAGUCGUUCUUUAGAGACUGGAGCCGUUUAAAAGGCUUUACAGGUGAAAAAUAUUUAUUAAAAAACUGGAAAUUAAUUACAAAAGAGGGAGUAACUGAUAACUGAUCCUGUGAAGGUGAUUAUUCUUAUAAUUAUUAUUGUUAUGAUCAAAACAUUGUAACUGAAGCCGUUCAGUGUUUCAUGUUUCAUCUCGUAUGUUCGAUUUGUUUUACAGAUUUAUUUAGAAAAUAAUCAUACAAAACUAUUUAUUACACUUUAGUAUUUAUUUAUUCUUUUAUUUAUUGACCAGGUGACUUUUUAAGGUUUUAAAGAGUUUAAAAGCACAAAUGGAACAAUGUUGGUCUGUUUACGUUUAUAUUUUUUCAAACAAACAUGAACCUUGUUUUGUUUUAUUCUUUAUUGUAUACCAGUAUUUGUAUUUUAUUUUUAUUUUUAUUGUGUUUCUGCUGUAAUGUUUCAUCUCUCAUCAUGUUGUUGUAGCUGCAGGGAAGAUUUGCAGAUAGUUUUCUAUUUUCUAUUUAUAUUGUUGCCAAAAUUAAAGUGAUAAAGAAAUGUU